CUGCAAGGAUCAACCCAUUGGCGAUCUUGUCAUCUUGUAGCAACUCCUACUUCCAACAUGGUGAUGGGAAGUGUGAUGCGCACGUGCUCCUACGUGCUGCCGUUCGUGGUGGUUGUUUUGAUGGUCGUGUGGAUGGGCACGACGCUAACGUCGUACACGGUCACGUCGGACGACACCGUCGAAGCCAAAUCGUUGUCUGGCUUUGCGUGGGCUCCAAACGACGGUCGUGUGUUCAAUUGGCAUCCUGUCUUGAUGUCAUUUGGGCUGCUCUUUUGCUCGUCGCAAGCGAUCUUGAUCUUUGUGACCAAGCCGUACUCGCACCACGUCAACAAAAUGAUUCACGUGGCAUGCCAUACUUGCGCCAUUGUGUCUGUGAUCGUGGGGUUGGUGGCUGUCGUUCGGUUUCACAACGAACACGACAUCAAGAACUUCUACAGCUUGCACAGCUGGAUCGGCCUGGCGACGUUGCUUGUGUUUGCAAGCCAAUACGCCUUGGGCUUCCUGGCGUUCUUUUACCCCGGCGUCCAGGUCAAGUUGCGCAUGCUGCUCGUUCCGUACCAUAUCGGUCUUGGCGUCGGCAUCGUUGCCCUGGUUGGGAUCACUACAGUGGCGGGCGUGAUGGAAAAGCUCAUGUUCAACCGAAGCUGCAACCUCCAUGGCACGUUGGACGGGCUCAAAGUCAAGGGGUACCAGUCGUGGGACUGUGUGCUGGGCAAUACGAUUGGUCUGUUGAUUUUGGUGGCGGUGCUGUCGUUGGCGUCAGCGAUUUGGCUAUCGAAACAUUCCCCCAGUGUAAGUGAAGAUCGUACAAGCGACCACGACUCGGACUCUGACGACCGCGACGAGACCAAACCCUUACUGAAAGAUACUGCAUUGAAGGACGACAGCAAGCACAACUAACUAGCCACGCCGCACGUCUUGGCCAAACACUGAGCUGAGCGGGUCAUCGUCUUCUUCAACCACGUGGACGUUGUUGGCGUCGGUGGAAUCGGGGUUGGCCUAGAAGACAACCGUGUCAUUGGAUCCAUAUAUAUAUAUAUAUAUAAUAAGUAUAUCGUGUCAAGGAGCAAAGGGGGUUGUGUUUGGUUAUCUCACUUGAUUGGCAUGGAUGAUGAUG